AUGAAGAAACUCACAGUUUGGGCGGACGAUCAGCUCGCCACCAUGGAGGCGUACACGGCGGCCUUUCGCCUGGCCGAAGAGCCAGCCAGGAGAAAGGUCGUCGACGAUGUCCUGGGGCAACUCAAGACCAUGCCGCUGCAGAGUUUGGAACAAUUGACAGAGAAGCAACAGAAGGCGGCCGUCCUGAAAUGGCUCGCACAGAACUGUAAGGAAGGGGGGAAGAAGAAGAAGCAGAAGACAGGGGUUUCCGGCACCACGCGCGGCUUGGACGUGUUCCGGCGCGAGAAGCGGGAGGAGAUAUAUGAAGCGGCGUACGGUGGCAAGGAAAAGAAGCAGUUCGGGGCCUUUAGGGCGAAGACGUACGAGCUUUGGGCACUCGUACCUCCUGCGGAGAAAAAGGAAUAUGUGGCCCAGGGUAAGGAGAUCCGCGGCUUGAUCCAUGGGAAUAUCGGCAACGUGGAGCCGCCCGUGCUUCCGUCAAAGACGUUGAGUCGCAGUCUCCACACGAAGUGCGAGACAUUUGCCAAGAAGUUGUGGAUUGAAAACGGAGUCCGCGUCUGCUUCCUGUUUGCGGGCAACACAACGGAUAAAGGACCAGUUGCGGGCCUCAUGGAUCAUAAUGCCAAAUUUGGUGCACCAUCUAACUUCUCGGACGUGGCCGAUGACCCUGACUGGAAUCCGACGAAGCUCUGGUCUGACUGGGAGGAUUGGGCUACUGAUUUAUUGGGAAAGAAGGCGGAGUCCGUUUUGCGUUCGGGCAAUGUGAGCAAAGCACAGAAGAGGACGGGAUUUGGUCCGCUCUUGGCCACCGAUGAGGCAACGGGAUUGCCGAGGAUUCCUCCACCUGAAGAGCUCGACACACUUCAAAUGAAGACCGCGCAGGAGUGGCAGUUCAUGGUUCGACAGUUCCUCAAUGAUCACCACACCGCGGCUUCUAAUGGAAAGAAGCGGAAUAUCCCCUGGAAACGCGCCAAGGCACUCGACACGUCCCUGUGGAUUGAAGACGGCUCAUGGCCGGACUUCGUAAAAUUUGAUGAGCCGUCCAAGAUCCGGAAAUCGCAGUGCAUUGAACUGAUCCGAUACUGGGGGCAGUUACAAGACACGGACGAAGGGAGAGCAUUUCGGAUGUCGGGCUGGUUGCAGGAUGACGGCGACACUGCUAUUGACGAUCCUGAGGAUGUGCAGCCAGGAAGGUACGAUGAAUGGCUCGCACGGUGGAUCAAGGACGCACCCAGGAGAGAAGCGGAGAGACAGCGCGAGGAUGAGAGACAGGCGGAGGAGAGACAGGCGGUCGACAAACAAGCAGCCAGCACGCGGAUGGCUCAGCAACCUGGAACCCAGACACAGGCAGGGGGGGCGAACAUGGCAUCUGGAAGCGGCCAAUCUGGGAAACAGCUCGCUGCGCCGCACCUGUCUGCAAAAGCCUUAGGGAAGCAGAAAGCAAGGAAGGCCAUACCGUCAGAGACCCCCUCUCCAUCGUUGUCUCCCAGCUGGUCCUCACCGGAGCCCUCAGUGAAUGACACUGAAGAGCAGGCAGGAGACGCCUCUGAGGGGUCGACUGCCGUGAAGCCCACAAGCACGCAAACGGCGACCGCCGAGCCCAUCCCAGCAGAGCUGCCCUUUAAUGGGAUGGCCCCUUCAGCCGCUCGCCCGAGUAUGCGCGUCAACUUCUUGCGAUCCCUGUCGACCGACAGGCGGUACAUGGUUCUGUGCAACGAAUAUGCUCGCGCGAUUAUCGCUGCGGCCAAGCCUGGACGCCAACCGCGACCCGCCUAUACCCCCCCUGCCAUUCCGGGCGUGCCUUGGGCGUCAUGGAGUUGGGGUUCACAAUCUCUUCCUCAGGAAGUCCACAAAUCCUCCAGCGGGCUAGACCCACUUAUCACGUAUCUGCGCGCUACUGUAUGGGUCUCCGAGGGGAAAGCAGCGCUGCGCAAAGUCGAACAGGUUCUCCUCGCUGUCGGACUUGCUCUCCGCGACAUCGAUAGCGCCCAGUUUGUCAAUGACCCUGACGACCCACCUUCGGCAGGGAUACCUCCUUUCGUUGUGGCGACGCAACUCGGCAUUGCGUCGAGCAACAUGCUGCUUGAUCUUAUUCAGCCUAUUGCAAACGCCCGGAUUGUGGACGUAUUCGGUAAAGCCCCGGCACCCGCUGCGCCGCCUGCCAUCACUCCCAACUUGCCUGCUGUUCCUAAGAGCCUGUCACCACGCCCUCUCUCGCCAAUGCGUUCCAUCUUGCCUCGUGCACCUCUGCCUGGUGCCGCUCUCUCUGCUGCGUCGUCGCCUUCGCCCGCCCCCAAAGCCCAUGUGCAAGAAGCGGCCCUCGUUCCCGGUCAGGUUGAGACGCUGCGCCCAUCUGACGGGCAGGCGAUGGACUUGGAAGAGAUGGCAAAGGUUCCUACCGCGUCUCGAAGCAUUUCGCAGGGAGGAUCAGCAUCGAAGGCGCGCAGACGACCGUACGAAGAUGGCCCUCAGGCCUACGAGGCAGAGUCUACAUUGCGUCCCUCGAAGAAGCCUAGGAGCGGAACCGUUGUAGUGGCUCCCGAGGCCAUGUCGCAGCAGCCUCAUAGGGAGAGGCGGGCUCCACAGAAGUUGGACUUGUAG